CACAGAACACCUGCAGCCCAAACCCCAAACACGGACAGAGCAAGAACCCAGCAGGAGCAGGGUCUCUGCGCUCGCUCUUUCAGUGUUGAUCCCUCAUCCUCACAAUGACCCAUGUUCCAGAACGGCCCGUCCUGAAGAAGCUGAGGCCAGUGUCCAGUGCGGUCUUUGUCAUCCUCUGCGUUUCGCUGCUGCUCUUGAUCUUCAGGGCAGACGGGAUUUUGCAGCUCCGGGUUCUGUCAUACAUCUUACAGCCAUCCGUCCAGCCCGCUGUGCCUCACAACAAGACUUCAGGAGAUGCAGUUGUGAAAGGACCACCAGCCCAUCUGCUGAGAGUCAGUGGCUCAAAAACACUGCUGGUGUCUGCUUUUCUGGAGCAUCGAACGGCACAAAAGAAGGUCCUCGUUAUUUCUAUAAUGUUUCGGGAGGAGAAACUUGCCCUUCAGUGCAACCUCCGCUGUCAGGAGAAGCUUUACGUCUCCAAAGCUGUCAUAGAAAUCCACUGGGACCACUUCGGCUUUCCUUACGGGACAGCAGACAUCUUCUGUCCGCUCCCUUCAGGCUGUGAGACACCGACGCAUGUGGCCAUCACCUCAGCAGGAACCAACAACACAGAUGAAUCUGACCUUGUGUUUUUGGAGGUUGAGAAUCAAAGAACGCUGAACAUCUUUCCUUACAACUUCACCAGCUGUUUCUCCACCAUGUAUAACUACACCAACAUCCUGCAGCUGGUGCAGAGUUUGGAGAUGCUUCAGUUUCUGGGAGUGAACAGAGUCGUGGUCUACAAGACGAACUGCAGCGCCGAUGCACAACGCGUCCUGGACUACUACUCAGGCAAAGGUUUAGUGGAGGUGAUUCCUUGGUCUUUGUCGAAGUACCUGAAUGUAUCUCGAAAAGCUUUGCCUACAGAAGAUCCUGGUGACAUCCACUACUUCGGUCAGAUCCCUGCUCUCAAUGACUGCCUCUACAGAUACAUGUACCGGUCCAGAUACUUGGCCCUGCACGACCCUGAUGAGCUCAUCCUGCCCCUGUCAGUCUACAGCUGGUUGGAGCUGCUGCCUCUUCUGGAGAAGGACUACGGUGCCGACGGCUGUUACCAGUUUGAGAACAACUACUUCCCCAGUGAAUUUACGCUGCCCCCUCCCGCCCCCGUUACGCUACCGCCACUAGAGCAGUGGCAGAAUGUAACCGGGGUGAACAUCCUGACUCACCUGUACAGUGAACCUGUCAAGCCUAAACCUGCAUUUAACAACUUCAAGAUCAUCACCAACCCUCGUUCUGUGUUCGCUGCAACUGUUCACGGCGUGUUGAAGUCACAGAAGGUCUGCGCCUGGGUUGACCGGAAGAUGGCCCGAAUAUACCACGUUAGACCUCGAGGACAAAUUGAUGUGAAGCCGCAGCAGCUGAUUUAUGACGGCAGACUGCUGAGCUACAGCAGCCGCCUCACGUCUGCCGUCAAUGCUGUUCUCAGAGAGACUGGACUCCUCCCUGAAGACGGCAUGAACUAGACUCUGUUUCCACCUCAGAGACACUUUGCUUUGUGAGAAAGGAGGAGCUUGAAUCAAUUCAUAGAGACAAGAUGUUUAUUUUUUUACAAGUUAGAAAGUGAAUUAAAACAGUCUGAAAUUGUUUCAGCCAUACUUCAUAGCGUUUCAAAAUACCCUUUUGUGUUUGAAAACAGUGUUGGAAAGAGGCUUUGUCAUAAAGACACAAUAGUGGAUAGUCUGUUUAUGGUUCAGGACGUUCUGAGGACGUCGAUCAAGAUUACUAAACUGAGAAAGAGAUGUCUGAGGCUGAUAUGACAGAUGACCUAAAACACAGGGGUAAAGGUCCUGCAGCUUUUAGACGUCUCUGGUCCAGCACAUCUGAAUCAUAUGGCUGAAUUACCUCCUCAGCUGGCAGUCAAGUUACCCAGAGUCCUGCUGAUGACCUGAUUAUGUCACUCAGCACCAGUCCUCUAGACGCACCAAUGUUGGGGACAGCCGGAUCAAUUUUUCCACCCACCGACUAAAGAGGACAUGAAGACGUGCCAUCACCCCACUGCUCUUUGACACAUUAAAUACAAAUCAAACU